UGUAAAAUUGCACAGUGAAACGGGAGGUAGAUAAAGAUUUAUGAUGGCGGGUCGAGAACAGUCGACUGUGCAAACAAUUGCUGAGGUCUUUAAGAGAUUUGGAAAAAGUGUUGACGAACAUCACCUCAAUAUAGCUCAUAAUCAGUACAGAAAGCUGUGUGAUCAGGCUAAGUCUCUCGCCAAAAAAGAUACCAAAACGCAUGACUACCUGCUAUCCUUUUAUGAAGAAAAUGGUGACGACUAUCCAGCUUCUCUCAGUGACGACCAAAAACAAACCUGUCUUCCGUUAUACGAUUUCCUGUGUAGUGCAGGGACUGUGUUUGAUUUGACCAAAAUCUGGCCAACAUAUGUAUUCUUGGUGGAAGUGUAUAAUAAACAAAAGAAAAAAUCGAAAAGACCGGGUCCUCACUCAAAUAAAUCAGGAGAUUUCAUUCCUCAAAUUUUACAAGGUAUGAAAUCUGAUGUGGAAUCGGAUACUUGGAAAGCGGCACAAACUGAGUAUGUUAAACUCAGUCAGAAUGAAAGACAGAUGGAAAACGAUCCUGAUUUGGCAAGAGAGAAGGAGUUGUGGGUUUUAAAUGGUGACGUAGCUGCACAGAAAUUUCUAGACAAUAUUGAAUAUAUGGAUAGAGCUCUGUAUAUAACGAUCAAGGAGGCACUGCAGAAGAACAUGGAAGGAAGCGAAACUGCUUGGUGUCAAUAUGGAUCUCUUUUACAUUCAUCAGAGCUUUUGAGACGGAGUAAAGAGCAAAAGGCUAGACGAUACGAAAAGGAAGUCGAUGAAUUACGAGAAAGGUGUGAAGAAUUGGCAAGACAGAACGAAAAAAAGUCACAGGAGAUUGAGGAACUUACUACCAGGUUGAGUGAAGUGGCCAGUCUGAGGAUGUCAAUGGGAAAUCCGAAUUGUGCGGAUCUCGGUGAUUCCAAUCGACCAACAAAAAUCGGGGAGAAAUUUUCUGAGCUUUAUAACAACGAGUGGACACAACUAUUUGAAAGUUUGGAAUCUGAAAUAGAGGACGAAACAGAGAGAAUAUCAAAGCUUUGUGAAUGUGUGCAAAUGGCAUUCAUAUUUUGUAAAGAGAGAAGUGAGUUGCAGCUUGAAGAGUUACAGAUCUUAACAGCAGAUGUUUUGUCAUUUAGACGAACACAGGGCGAGGAAGAGACCAACAAACAGAAAGAUUUUCAAAUGAAGAAAGGCACUCUUUGUCACUUGUUAGAUAUAAGGAAACAAUGUUCUUUUAUGUCUUUACCUAAUAUUUGCCAGAUGUUUAAAGAAUCGCACACGUUUUCAGAAACAAAUAACGAUGAUAUUUUGAGAGAUAUUGAUGCAUAUCUGAAUGGCUGUGUGGAAACCUGCUGGCUGAUGUGCAUUCAGGAUCCGCCAAUGAUCCUCGUCACUCCAGAGAAAGGAGAUAAAAUAGUAACACAACAGUUUGCAAUGUACAAAACUACGGGUGAUACAGUUGAAACGUGCGUGUGGCCUGCACUCUUAUUGUGUGAAAAUGGCGGUGUUGUGUGUAAAGGUCAUGUGCUUCCUAAAUAAAACUAAGUACCAAGAAAAACCUGUAAACCUGCGCAAUCUGUCUGUCCAAUUGAAAUCGUCGUUGUACCUGUUUUCAAUUGUUAGAUACCAACAGGGGUACAUGUAUUAAAGGAAAAAUUCAGUUUUACCUUUCUGAUAUAUGUACACCUGCCCAGCCGACAUAAUGAUGGCUAUUCUUGUUUUAAAAAUUUGAGGAUAAUGAGAUAACUUAAGUUUAAGCUAGGAUGAUUACGUAAAUUGAAUAUUAAAGAUUUAUAUACAAAUGU